ACCCGUUUAUCAACAAAAAGAAAGAAUGUAGAGAGGGAGAGUGGUGAGGUGAGCGUUGUUGUUGAGCAGAAGAGAAGAGAAUUGAAUCCAUUCCAGAUGUCAUAUUGUUGGCAAAUACACACUUUGGCGAGCAAGGCUCUUGUUCCAAUUCCACAGUCACAGUCACAGUCAUUGUUUUUUCCUUAUUCACAUUCCCAUAGCAGUAUCUGUGUGGGUCUGAGUCGGAGGGUUCCUUGUUCACGGCUUCAGGAAAUGUCCGUCGUAGAGUCAUCCUCACAAUACCAGUAUCAACAACAGCAGCAGCAGCAGAGCACCACCACCGACUACUAUCCCAGUGUCAGAGAUGAUGAAGAAGGUGAAGGAAUUUCUAAAAUACGAGUGCCCAGACAGAAACACAUCCCUGUUUCCAAGUCCCAACUCCUAGACGCCAUCAUCCUCUCUAUCCAAGAUGAUAUUGAUGCCCAUCACUUUCGUCUUCUCACCUCAUGCUUAGACUCUAUACUUCAUGCUGAGCAUAAAACUAUCUUAGAGGAGAUGCGUUCCGAUUAUCAACUUACCGAUUCACUCCAACAACUUGUGUCCAAUCCCAAUGUCAAGGAGGAAGGGAACCUCUAUGAUUAUCAGCCUGCUUUGGACCUCACCGCUCUUUUACGAUCUCUCGACAUACCUACCAAGAAAGAUUAUGAUACCGGCUCCAGAGUUACCAUUGCUACCCGUUUCCAACGUGCUUUCAUGCAGCUUCUUUCAAAUGCACAAUUUGAAGAACUAUCAGCUAGGGACCUGAUGUUAACGUCUGCAUUGAACACAGACUAUCUCCUUACCUUGCCAAUAUAUGUUGAUUGGAAGAGAGCAUAUGAGUCUAAUGCCAUAAUAUUUAGGCGUGGUUAUGCAACUGAGAAGCAGAAGGGCCUAUUAAUUGUUGAAAAACUGGAUUACUUACAGUCUAAGUUUCUUCGAAGGACCUUCUUUGCUAUAUCAGAACCACUAACAAAACUUGGCACCUGGAUAAGCGAGCUUUACGAAAAUGCCUGUCAGAAACAUGAAGUACAAAAUUGGACUGAAAGAUUGAGGCUUUGGCUAAAGGAAUUGUCAUUAUUUCAGAAAUCACUACUUUAUAAUGACCCUGCUUCAGAUGAGCAAAUAGGUGUGGACCAAGUACCAAAUGCAGAACUUCCUAUUUGGCUGGCUGCUCAAAGGGCAGUAGCUCGAUAUGAAGGGAUUUUGUCACCAGUUGGUCCUCGUGGAAGGCUCUUGAGGAGAUUGCUUUCUUGGAUAGGACUUAUUCCACCUAUGCCAGAAACACCUUUUGAGGUUCACAAUGAUAAUAACGCUCCUGAACCAUACCUAAGGCCUACUUUUUUAUCAAGGAUAUCACUAAGUGAUAUAUGGAGACCUGCAUCAAGGAAAUACUGCAGAAAUGAUACUUGGAAAAUGUUGAAAACUUCCAUUUCCAUACUUUUCUCACAGUCAGUCCUGCAGGAGCCAGCAUUUGAAGAAUUAAUUCUACUGUAUACCAAGGAAGUUGAGGAAACAAAUGCUAAAGAUAAAGCAGAGGUUCCAUCAUUGCAAUUAAAGAUCUAUGAGAGAAUUCCUAUUCCAGAUUUACCGGUAAUUUUCCCUCACAAAAAGCUAUCAUUCCGCAUCAUAGACACAGUGCGCUUGGAUGUUGCCACAAUUUUAGGACUUCUGGCAUACUUCAUAAACUACAAAUUUGAGAAUGUCUUAUCUUCCCCAUCAGCAAUAUUACUUGAUGUAGUUGCUGUAAGUGCCCUAAUAAUAUAUGGGAGUCGUGUGGUUCUAGGCUACAAACAGACAUGGGAUAGGUAUCAGUUGUUAGUCAACAAGACACUUUAUGAAAAAACAUUGGCAAGUGGCUUUGGCUCAGUGCAUUUUCUUCUAGAUGCUUCUGAACAGCAGCAAUACAAGGAAGCUAUUUUGGCUUAUGCCAUCCUGCUCAAAGCAGAGAAGAGUCAGGUUAUUUCUCGGCAAAGUGUUGGAGAGAAGUGUGAGAGAUUCAUGUAUGAAGUGUUUAAAGUAAAGGUUGAAAUGCCAAUUGACAAGGCACUCAAUACAUUAUUAAGGCUGGGCUUAGCAACUGAAUCUAGUAUUGAUGGAAGGCGGGGAUUGUUGGCUAUGCCUUGUCCGAAGGCUUAUGAGGCCCUUAAAGAACGAUGGAAUAGUUUGCUCAGUUAAAACGUGCGAUGUGCACGUUCCAUUGAGUACCGGAAACGACCUUCCCUGUUUAAUAAUAAAAGGCAUUGUAUAUAGUAAGUAUAUAAACCCAACAUGGCAUCCGGUAAUAGUUCUGUAGAUAGAUGAGACUAGGCAUUAUUCAUGCUGCACUUUAUUUUAUUUUAUUUAUAAAUCAGUGUAUUUUGUUCGAUCUUUUUUCAUCGAUUCCAUAGAUUAGCACAAACCUUGUAAUGCAGCAGCCUAGGAAAUGACUAUAUCGCCUCAAUGCAAUAGAGAAUCAAAGCACAAAAUAAAUAAUUUACGUAUUACAUUCUGGAUGGAAA